GGACAGUUGAAAACGAGUUCUGAGGAAGCGAUCCAAAAGCGAUGCCCUGAAACCUUCUUUUCACUCGCCAUAUUGUGGCUAUACAGUCGGAAUUUUAAUUUUCUGCAAGAAAUUUCCAACAAAUAAACGCCUAAAAUGGCUGAUACCGAAACAUGGCAAGAAGAAGGUCAGGACUUUGAUGCUCCUGUCCAAGUAUUAGAUACUGCUGUCGUCGCCCAAACAGCUGAAUUGCCCGACAUUAAGUUGUUCGGAAAAUGGAGCUGCGAUGACGUUCAAGUCUCCGAUAUGUCUCUUCAAGAUUACAUCGCCGUUAAAGAGAAGCACGCUCGUUAUUUGCCUCACUCCGCAGGUCGUUAUGCCGCCAAACGUUUCCGCAAGGCUCAAUGCCCCAUUGUCGAGCGUCUUACCAACUCCUUGAUGAUGAAGGGACGCAACAACGGCAAGAAAUUGAUGACAGUUCGCAUCGUCAAGCACGCCUUUGAGAUCAUCCAUUUGCUAACUGGCGAAAAUCCAUUACAGAUCUUGGUCUCAGCUAUCAUCAACUCAGGCCCACGUGAAGAUUCUACACGUAUCGGUCGUGCAGGAACUGUUCGUCGUCAAGCUGUUGAUGUCUCUCCAUUGCGUCGUGUCAACCAAGCUAUCUGGUUGUUGUGCACGGGAGCCCGCGAAGCUGCAUUCCGUAACAUCAAGACAAUCGCUGAAUGCUUAGCCGAUGAAUUGAUCAACGCAGCCAAGGGAUCAUCAAACUCGUACGCUAUCAAGAAGAAGGACGAAUUGGAACGUGUUGCCAAGUCUAACCGUUAAAAAAAUGCAAAUUGUCAUCUGAAAGUUACCUCUCGCGAGGUAGUUGAUAAUAAAACACACAAAAAACUUAAAAAAUAUCGAAA